GGAGAAAAUGGAUAAUGGCGCCUAGUCUGCGCACUCUGCAAUUGCCUUGGCCCAUGAUACCUAGGAUACCUAUGCCAAAUUGCCAAUUGGCAAUGCCAAUGGCCGUAGCCAUCAUCCAACCUGAAUGCAUCCAUCCUAAAAAGUCCUAAUUUGGCCAUCCUGGCGGCAGUGGCUGUUGGCUGUGAAGGACAGCAAUCUUAGUUCGGUGGUGCGCAUCUCUCAACGGGUGAGCCGCAGGGGGCAUUCAAAGGAGCGAAGCUGCCUGAACUAUGACGUGACUGUGAGGCCGCCCCCUGCUGGAGCUUGGAGUUAGUUGGUAGCAACAAUGUGGGGUGGCCUCAGUCUAAGCCCACACUGCCGUCCAACUGCUUCAUAGAGAAUCGUGAUUGCACUGGGCAUUGUCCAGAGACUGCCCUUACUGCCUCUUAACCGAGCGGAGUGAGCUGAAGACCCGUCACAUGUUUUCCUACACAGGAAACUGCACAAUUUCUAUUUCGUGGAAUCAUAGUUUGCUGCAUUGUACAUAGAUUUCCGGGCUCUCCUUGAGUACCCCUGCUCUGGAGACGCAGCGCUGAAGCCGUGUUCCUGGUGCCAUCGCUUCCCGAGGGCAGCUGCAUUCUCAUUCCUUGGGGCCAGCAUGGUGGACACAUGUGCGCUGUGCCCCGGCCUUGCUACCCCCCACGGAACCCUCCCUGGCACCGGCCCAGCUACUGCCCACCGCGCACUGGGUGCCCCCACCCUGAAACCCUUGCAAAAAUGGCCUGCACGGAAGCAAGCAGGCUUUCGAGCUCCCCUCCGGUGCCAGUACGACCCUCGGAGUGACCCUCACGCGUCCGCCGCAGUGCACUCUUUAGGCGGGGGCUGUCCUUUCCACAGCGGUACAAGCGGUGCUUCUGUGCCUGGGUUUGAGCCCACUACUGUAUUCAAGGCGGCUAGUCUAGGGAAGUUAGAGGGAGACAGGGAAUGGAGUCAGAAGGGGUUGGACGCCCCGGCGGCAGCGACGCGGGAUGUGCGCGCCAUGGUGGAGCAGGACCGGGGGAUUCCCGGGCCGCGGCCGUGGAACUUGUUUGAGAACAUCGUGGACCUCAGCUACAUCGCACGCUACGGAAUUGAGGAGGCUGUCUUGCACUACUCGCGCAAGUACGGCCCGCUGUGCCGCUUCUCCAACGGACUCACUGCCUGGACGUUUGUCAACGAUCCAGCCAUUGUACAACACAUUUGUGUAGCGAAUGCUAAGAAUUAUUCCAGGAGGUAUCUACCGGCCAUCUACGAGUACGUAACGCACGGCAAGGGCAUCCUCGGCAGCCAGGGCGCCUACAAUUUGCAGCACCGCAAGAUGUGCGCGCCCCCCUUCAAGACGUCGCUGCAGCUGCGCAAGUUCACCAAUACCGUGGCAAACAAGGCUGCGGCUGUGGUGGGGGCACUGCGUGCGCUGUCGGAGGGUGGCCCCGUGGUGGGGGACAUGGCGACGCACAUGCAGCGGCUCACGCUGGACAUUGUGGGGGAGGUGGCCUUCAGCAAGGACUUUGGCCAGAUUGCGCGCAUCACGCAGGACGUGGCAGGCACUGCGAGCGGGGACGACAUGAGCCGCGACCGGCUGCUGCACGCGGUGAACGUGUCGCAGGAGUGCAUGGGCAACGUGUUCAUCACGCCGCUCCCCGUCCUGCAGCUGCUGCAGUGGGCGCGCGAGCCAGGCAUGGCGCGCAUGGACCGCGCCUUCGACGAGAUGCGCACCAUCAUGACCAAGGUCGUCCAGGAGCGGCGCGAGGCGUGGGGUGCGACGGGUGAGGCGGGGGACGACCUGCUGGGGGUGCUGCUGCAGGCGCAGGACGAGACGGGGCGGCGCCUGAGCGACGAGGAGCUGUGGGAGGACGUGCACGACAUCAUGGGCGCGGGGCACGAGACGACGGCCAGCACCACCACCGCCGCGCUGUACUGCAUCAGCCAGACGCCGGGAGUGGAGGACAAGGUGGUGGCGGAGCUGCGGGCGGUGCUGGGCGGGCGCCCCCCGCUGUACGACGACCUGCCGCGGCUGCAGUACACGGGGCAGGUGGUCAAGGAGGUGCUGCGGCUGUACCCCUCCAUCCCGCUCUUCCCGCGCGAGGUCGAGCGCGACGACGUGCUGCCCACCGGCCACAAAAUCCCCGCAGGCGACGUGGUGUUCAUGUCCACGUACGCCAUGGGGCGCAAUGCAGCCGUCUGGGAGGAUCCGGAGACCUUCAACCCGGACCGCUUCUCCCCCGAGGCGGAGGCGGCACGGCACAAGUUUGCGUGGGUGCAGUUUGGCGCGGGCCCGCGCAUGUGCCUGGGCGCCAACUUCGCGAUGAUGAGCGUGACGCAGGUGGUGGCCACGCUGGUGCAGGCCUUCCACUUCCGGGCAGUCCGGCCACGCGGGGAGCAGCUGCCCUUCUCGUACGACAUCACCAUGAACUUCCCGGGGGGGAUCAUCAUGGAGGCGGUGCCCCGGUAACACGGCCAAACGAAGGACCGGGGGGGUGCGGUUACUUGAGACCUCCAGUCACAGGUUGCCCUUCCCGACGGAACAGUAGAGUAGACUUGUGCUAUAUUUAUGUGUAGAGCGAGUUGUGGUGUUGUGUUUGGCGUGCUUUAUCACUAAAACUUUGUGUUUGCCACGAACUAGAGUCAGUGUUUACAUUUCGAAAUAGGUUUGAUGCUUACGGAAAGGUUUGGCAUUGCACAGCGUGCAUACGUGCGGCUGACCUUCUAGCUCCGAAAUUCGGAUUGGAUCGACUACCGGGAAGAUCCGCUGGGGCUACGUUAGGAAAACUCUUCAAGUACAGAAGUUGCAAAAGGUUAUGGAGCGGUUUUGUGUAUACUCCUUAGUUGUGGAGACUAGAGAUGAGGGAGUCUAGCGUACAUUGAGCCUUGUUAAGG